ACCAAACAAGCCCUAAUGUUGUGUGAACGUGCUUAAACCCGGAAACGUGAUUCGUUGAUUUCAUUGAAUCAUUGCAUAGAUGCAGUGAAAAGCAAAUAAUCUGAAAGUGGAACAGACAAAGGAGAGAACAUAGCGUUUAGGGGCAGACAUGUAUCACCCAACCAGAGGUGGCGUUCGUGGCGGUCGAGAUCAAUUCACUUGGGAGGAUGUAAAAGUUGAUAAACAUAGGGAGAACUAUCUUGGCCAUAGUAUCAAGGCCCCUGUUGGAAGAUGGCAGAAAGGGAAGGAUCUUUUCUGGUAUGCCAGGGAUAAAAAGUCCCAAAGUGCAGAAAGGGAGGAUGUAAAAGAAGAAAUAAAAAGAAUCAAGGAAGAGGAGGAGCAGGCCAUGAGGGAAGCUCUUGGCUUAGCUCCUAAGCGUGGCAACCGUUUUCAAGGUAAUCGUCUUGAUAAACAUGAAUUAUCAGAACUGGUAAAGCGAGGGUCUACAGCAGAAGACUUAGGUGGAGGUCAUGCUGAAGCAGCUAGGGUUCAAGGUCUUGGUUUUGCAAGAGCACCUCAACCUUGGGAAGAACCUGGUUCUUCAAAGCAUGCACUUAAUGUUACACCAGCUGAGGUAGAGAAUGUAUCGAUGCUCAAACAAUCCGUGCCAGAGGCUGAAGAGGAUCCUGAAGAUGAAAGUAGAAGAAAGAGGAGACGUGAGGAGAGGAAGGAAGAAAAACGUGAAAAGCGCGAGAAGCAGCAUUCCCGCGAGGACAGGAAGCAAGAGAAACGUGAGAAGCGUGAGAAGCGAGAUUCUCGUGAUUCAGAUGACAGGAAGAGACACAAAAAAGAUAAGGAGAAGAGGAGACAUGAUUCAGAUUGAAUAUACUCUCUGGGGUUUUCUCAUCAUCUAAUGUGAAUUGUCAUGUUUUUUUAGUUUCAUAACUCAAUAUGGAUGGUGUAUCUUGGUGAUUGACAGUGCAAAAUGCCUGCUCAUUGGCACUAACAAUCAGGCAUUCUUUGUAAUGUUUAAAAUUGGAAAUUCGUGUUGAGUAAUGAAGCCAAUUAGGCUUUGAAAUUGGAGUAUUCUUGCUUCCUAUAUAAACUGGGUAUAAUAUUCAGUAACUUUGCCUU